AUGCUUCGCUCAAAGUUCCCUACCGCCCACCACUUUACGGUGUCCAUUUUCGGCGCCCAAUACCACGCCGACUCACCUUCGGCAGAGAAGCUCGCCCUCAUCAACAGGUUCGACGAGCUGAUCAAGGGCGCGGCGAUCCACGUCGAGGAGCUCGAGCAGAAUGACCUCCCCUCAAAGGUCUGGAUGAGCUACUGGGCCUCGCCUCAGGCCUUCAAGACGUGGUGGGAGAGCCCCAAGACCGCGGCCUUCUGGUCGUCUCUGCCCGCCGACGCCGGCUUCUGGAGAGAGACCGUCAGCAUUCCGGCCACCCGAGGAAUGUACGAGUCCAACAAGCCCCAAGCUUCCGGCUUCGGCCACUGCGGCGAAGCCAUCCCCCUCACCUCCAAAACCGGUUACUGGGGUGCCUACCGAUCGCGCAUGACUCCCGACUCCCCGGAAGACAAGUUCGAGUCCCCCCUCUCCUCCGUCCCUACGCCCAGACCUCUCUCCGACAAGAUCCGAUCCGGAAGGGUGAGGCUCUCCAAGUUCCCCGACAACAUCAACUUCGUCGUCGAGGGCCAGGACUACAGCUACAUGAACGACAACGAGCGCGGCCACUGGAACGAGAACUUCGACGGCCUCACCAAGCAAUGGGUCACUAACGUCAUGACCGCCGGGCCCGAGAAGGGCAUGGUCAACGGCAGAGCCUGCCACGGCUUCGCUGGCAAGAAGCAGCCGGGCGCGACCGACGGUGUCACCCUCAACGGACACCACACGGAAACGAACGGAACAAACGGUGUCAACGGCCACACGAACGGUGUCAACGGUACCAACGGCCACACCGACGGUGUCUCAAAAUCUCUCUUCCCUGGCCUGGACUACAUCCGCCAGGCCCAGAUCCUGUUCUGGUUGGAUCUUUCCAAGAUGGAGUACAUCGGCAGAUACGACAAGGUCCACGUCAAGCUCAGGAAGGACUUCUUCGCCGCGUAUGGGCCCGGUGGGGUGAUGGAGGGAGGUGAUUUGUUGCUCUGGGUCGACUGCGCAAUCCUGAAGGGCGAGGAGAUGGACGCUGAAUAUGUGGGCUGCUACGACGGUACCGGGUUCAUGGCCUACGACGAUCACCCGUCGUUCGCAAGCGAGCAGGUGGAGGUUUCUCAGUUGCCGUCUUUCUUCGAUAAGCCUAUUCCUUCUAACCCCAUCGAGUGGUAA